AUGGGUGCCGCUCAAUCCUCCAGCAAAGAAGACUUGGAGCACGAGGCAUGGGAAAAGAACCUCCAGAAACAUUAUGAUGGACGUUGGCACUGGUCUCCUGGUCUUAGGUUCAGACGACCACCAAAGCUCACCCCCGAGCAACUGAGGGAUCGCAUGAUUGAGCUUGAGCACGAAGACCCGGUGAUCCGCAAGCGCCGAUACCUCAAUCCAAACGGAGAUGACGAGCACGAGAAAUUCCCCGAUCUGGAUACGUACUAUAGUACCACCAAAGAGUUUCCUCGUCGACUAGUCGUGCAGGCGACCAAAGACGCGCAAAAAGAUACCCGACCAAGGCAUUGGGGUCAAACGCAAAUCGACGGACGGACUCCGUUUAUAAUUCGACUCUCGGAGCUUUGUCUCAAUCCAUUGAAUCUCGAGCGAUAUGAAUCAGGAUGGGUUGAUCCGAGCGAGGAUGAUCCAGAUUCAACACUAGAGAAGAAGAGCAUGCCGCGACGAGUUUGGAUCGUCUGCCUUCGCAUAAUACACCAUGUCCUGUCCAUCUUUUUUACCUUGACAUUGGCGUGGAUUAUUCAGGUCUUGCUCUCCGUCGAUAUUAUUACCAAGCCGUGGAGUGGUGAAGGCUCGUCUGACAAAUACGAGGAUUAUGAUAAUGUGCAAUGGGAUUGGCCCAAACACGCUAUCAAUAUCCUUGAUCAGUCGCCGGGGAAUACUCGACCGCAGUCAAGUCUCGCUAGGCUUUUGACCCCUCGCCGCCUGGUCGUAUGGGACACAGACAAAGAGGAGUGGGUAGCCAAAGAGACAACACAGCUCCGGGAUAAGAAUACAGGCAUGCUACAGCCUUAUAUUUUCUUGAGUUUCUCCCGGGGAAACUACAGUGCUGGUGACGAUAUCUUGAGGCCGUUUUUCCACAAGAUAGCUGGGAGUAUCCUGGAGCGUGAGAACGCCAAUCGAGAUCCAAAAGAAGAGCCGGUCAAAGCAUUCUGGGUGGAUACGGACUGUGUCUCACACGAGAACAAACUCGACGAGGCAAGGGAUAUAAACUCCAUCUGUGAUGCAGUGCGCUGUGCAAGACGGGUGUACAUCCUGCUGCCAAGCGAUAGCGCCGAAGACAAGAAGAUAUGGGGAAAGCGGGUAUGGACUUUGCCUGAAGUUCUCCUCGCGGCUGAAAAGAUUCGAUACUGUAUCACGCCGGAAUGGAAAUUGCCAUCUGUCGGUAAUAAGUCCACGGAUACUGUCUUCUAUGAUGUGUCACUGUCGGAUAUGUAUAACAGUUUCUGGGAUGCGUUUGACCCUAUCAGUACAGCAACGACUACUGAAAGCAACGGAGAGCGACCUGAAGACGCAAUCAGUCACCUCAUUGAUCAUUAUACGAAUCGGACCAAGCUCAGUGAGCUGCAGUUAUUCACAUUUGCCGUGCAGGCCAUGGCGAAGUUAGUCACUGGAGACGUUGAGGGCUAUACAACCACCAGCAUGGCCUAUGCUGCGAUGGGCCUGUUGUCUUAUCGCAUCACACCAGAUGAAGAAGACGACACGUUCCAGGCCAUUGCGCGCUUAUCUCUUGUGAAUGAUAGCAACGAGAUGUUGGAGCGUCUGGUUUGCCUAUGGCCAAGUUACAGGUCAACCAUCCCCAGCAAGUCCAGCAUCCAAGGCGAGGAGAGGUACGCUGUGGCUGGCAGCGAAGCUCUCCUCCGAAAUAUCGCAGACCAAGAUCAAUAUUCCGUCCAUUUGUGGGAUAUCGAACCUUCAUGUGAGGUAGUCGGUAUCGGCAGCGACAAGUACACCCCAACGGUCAUUCUGGACCGGUGCCGCGGCAUCCCCAUCCGAUGGAAGAGCUUCCCGGAAGUUCAGUACGUGCAGAAUUUCACCAGCUUGCGCGCAAAUAUAUCUCAAUUCAUCGUGUGGAUGGGUGCAUGGUUCCUGCUGGCCGGGUUCAACCUUUUCGCAACUGUGAUCUCUCUAGCCUUCGCAGGCGUGAACGGAGGAACCACUCUCAACAUCGACCAAUACAUGUAUGGUAUCUUGCUAUAUGUCGGUGUCGCCUGGAUAAUCUCUUGCUUCAGUCCCCGGGCCGUCCGAUAUCUAUGCAGUGGUGGAUCGUCCGGACUAUCUUGUCAUAUGGUCGGAUUUGAAGGGACAAUGACCCUCCGAGAAAUUGAGAAGGCGAUCUACGGAAACUUCAAUGACCGACUUUCGUACGCACCUUCAUCCACGAUCUUCUCUCAAAGUCUGCGUCACCCGAAGAUCCGAAUGGGUGUUGAACCUCGUGAUAAAUAUGGUGAUCCACUAGGCCGUGAUCAUUGGGAACAGGAAAGGAAAGUUCAUGGUAUUCCGGAUACGCAUCGCUUGUUCACCAUCGUUGAUACGGGAGAUAUGACCGUGUCCGUCAUUGCUGCCGAGCGACCGCCAGUAGUGGCAUUGAUCUGUGGCCGUGAGGGUGGUAUGCUCCGGGCGCUUUUGUGUAGUUGGCGUUUUGACAAGAAUUGUCUGUAUCGGGAAUGUGUGGUGCGCAUGCGGAGCUCAAUUGAGGAUCAGGCUACGCCUAAUGACUGGUUAAAGGUCAGUUUGGCUAGUCAGAGUGAUGUGAGCCGUACUCGGUUGAGAUAUGCUCAACAAGAGAAAGCUUCCCGCUUUGCUCCUUCGCCUCCUCCUCCUACUCCCCCACAGAAAGAUACGGUACAGCGAGUUGUUACCGAGAUACCGUCUCGUUCUUACUAG